CUCUUGAUGACAGUGAAAAAUUUUCCCCGGCAAUCAGCUGAUGGCUGUCAUAACCUGUCGAACAGUAGUCAAACCACAACAAUAACAAGUGCUGGAGAAAUGGGAGCUAGAAUAUUCCUCCGUACCUGGAGGCUCUUCACCCAUGAGCGGCGGUCCCGAAGUCUCUCGUACCUUGGAGUAGGUGUCCUGGCAUCAGGUGUUGCCUGGUAUCACGGCAUAAGAGAAGCCUCAGCCGCCCGGAAUCAGCUGGACACCUCUCGCUUCAUGGCAGAUCCCGUCACUCCUACCGGGGAUUUGUCAAAAUCCCCAGGUGACAUGAAGACAAAAAUGGAAUUGUUAAUCCUUAAAAUCCAAUCCGAUUUUUGCCGAUCCCUUGAGUCCGUCGAGGACGGGACAAAAUUCAAGGUCGACAAAUGGUCCAGGAAGGAGGGUGGAGGAGGAAUAACGUGUGUCCUCCAGGAGGGAACAGUUUUCGAAAAAGCGGGGGUCAAUAUAUCGGUUGUCUCGGGACAACUUCCACCAGGUGCUGUGAGACAGAUGCGUGCGAGGGGAAAGGAAUUGGACGAGGGAUCGCUUCCGUUCUUCGCAGCAGGAGUAAGUGCUGUGAUUCACCCGAGGAACCCAAUGGUCCCCACAAUUCACUUCAAUUACCGAUACUUCGAAGUAACAAAUAAAAACGGUUCGGUACAGUGGUGGUUCGGUGGUGGAACUGACCUGACCCCUUAUUACCUGAAUGAGGAGGACGCCAGGCACUUCCACAGGACCCUCAAAGACGCCUGCGACCAGCACGACCCGAGUUACUACAGUAAAUUUAAGGACUGGUGUGAUAAUUACUUCGUGAUCGAGCACAGAGGUGAGAGGAGGGGCCUCGGGGGCAUCUUCUUCGAUGAUCUGGACAGCCCGAACCAGGAGAACGCGUUUCAAUUCGUUAAAUCUUGCGCAGAAGCUGUUAUUCCGUCUUAUAUUCCACUUGUAAAGAAACACAAAGAUGAUGGGUAUGGCUACGCCGAGAGACAGUGGCAGCUGCUCAGGAGAGGACGAUAUGUCGAAUUCAAUCUGAUUUACGAUCGUGGAACCAAAUUCGGGCUUUACACACCUGGUGCACGGUAUGAGAGCAUUCUCAUGUCAUUACCGUUGACAGCCAGGUGGGAAUACAUGCAUCAACCCAGUGCUGACUCUAAGGAGGGAAAACUCAUGGAAGUACUAAAGGUGCCUAGGGACUGGUUGAAUCUACAGGGUAAAUAGAUUUAUUUGUACAGAGCGAUUUGUUUUUUUUAUUGGAUCCUAUAUUUUGGAAUAAAUGGCAUUUCGUAUUGUCGAUUGUUUUUUCCUUCGACGAAAUAUAAUCAGUGAGGUGUCGGAAGGAAAUUUAAAAAAUCAAGUCAGAAAAUUAAUUUCUUCAUCUUUUAUUAAAUCCUUUAAUGUUCAAACGAACGUUAUAUUUGGUACAAAUGAUUGUCAGUUAACAAUAUAAAAAUUAAAGAUUGUCAUUUACUUUGAA